AUGGCCAAAGAUUUUAUCUCAACCAUUUACAACUAUGGGGAUAAACAGACAGUGUCCGGUGAAAAGACUUGUAGAGAAGAUGGUGGUAAACCGACAGUGUCCGGUGACAAGACGUGUAGAGAAAAUGGUGGUGAGCAGACAGUGUCCGGUGACAAGACUUGUAAAGAAGAUGGUGGUAAACGGACAGUGUCCGGUGACAAGACUUGUAGAGAAGAUGGUGGUAAACCGACAAUGUCCGGUGACAAGAUUCGUAUAGAAGAUGGUGGUGAACAGAGAGUGUCCGGUGACAAGAUUCAGAAAGAAGAUGGUGGUAAACGGACAGUGUCCGGUGACAAGACUUGUAUAGAAGAUGGUGGUGAACGGACAGUGUCCGGUGACAAGACAUGUAGAGAAGAUGGUAGUAAACGGACAGUGUCCGGUGACAAGAUUCGUAUAGAAGAUGGGGGUAAACAGACAGUGUCCGGUGUUAAGACAUGUAGAGAAGAUGGUGGUAAACGGACAGUGUCCGCUGAAAAGACUUGUAGAGAAGAUGGUGGUAAACGCACAGUGUCCAGUGACAAGACUUGUAGAGAAGAUGGUGGUGAACAGAGAGUGUCCGAUGACAAGACUUGUAAAGAAGAUGAUGGUAAACAGACAGUGUCCGGUGACAAGACAUGUAGAGAAGAUGGUAGUAAACGGACAGUGUCCGGUGACAAGAUUCUGAAAGAAGAUGGUGGUAAAGGGACAUUCUUCAGUGACAAAACUCGUAAAGAAGAUGGUGGUAAAGGGACAGUGUCCGGUGACAAGAUUCGUAUAGAAGAUGGGGGUAAACAGACAGUGUCCGGUGACAAGAUUCGUAUAGAAGGUGGUGGUAAACGGACAGUGUCCGGUGAAAAGACGUGUAGAGAAGAUGGUGGUAAACGGACACUGUCCGGUGACAACACUUGUAGAGAAGAUGGUUGUAAACGGACAGUGUCCGGUGACAAGAUUCGUAUAGAAGAUGGUGGUAAACGGACAGUGUCCGGUGACAAGAUUCGUAUAGAAGAUGGGGGUAAACAGACGGUGUCCGGUGACAAGAUUCGUAUAGAAGGUGGUGGUAAACGGACAGUGUCCGGUGAAAAGACGUGUAGAGAAGAUGGUGGUAAACGGACACUGUCCGGUGACAACACUUGUAGAGAAGAUGGUAGUAAACGGACAGUGUCCGGUGACAAGAAUUGUAGAGAAGAUGAUGGUGAGCAGAGAGUGUCCGGUGACAAGACUUGUAAAGAAGAUGGUGGUAAACGGACAGUGUCCGGUGACAAGACUUGUAGAGAAGAUGGUAGUAAACGGACAGUGUCCGGUGACAAGAUUCGUAUAGAAGAUGGGGGUAAACAGACAGUGUCCGGUGACAAGAUUCGUAUAGAAGAUGGUGGUAAACGGACAGUGUCCGGUGACAAGACUUGUAGAGAAGAUGGUGGUAAACGCACAGUGUCCGGUGACAAGACUUGUAGAGAAGAUGGUGGUGAACAGAAAGUGUCCGAUGACAAGACUUGUAAAGAAGAUGAUGGUAAACAGACAGUGUCCGGUGACAAGACUUGUAGAGAAGAUGGUGGUAAACGGACAGCGUCCGGUGACAAGAUUGGUAUAGAAGAUGUGGGGUCCGGUGACAAGAUUCGUAUAGAAGAUGGUGGUAAACAGACGGUGUCCGGUGACAAGAUUGGUAUAGAAGAUGGUGGUAAACGGACAGUGUCCGGUGAAAAGACUUGUAGAGAAGAUGGUGAUAUACGCACAGUGUCCGUUGACAAGACUUGUAGAGAAGAUGGUGGUGAACAGAGAGUGUCUGGUGACAAGACUUGUAAAGAAGAUGGUGUGUCCGGUGACAAGAUUCUGAAAGAAGAUGGUGGUAAAGGGACAUUCUUCAGUGACAAAACUUGUAAAGAAGGUGGUGGUAAAGGGACAGUGUCCGGUGACAAGAUUCUGAAAGAAGAUGGUGGUAAAGGGACAUUCUUCAGUUACAAAACUCGUAAAGAAGGUGGUGGUAAAGGGACAUUCUUCAGUGACAAAACUCGUGAAGAAGAUGGUGGAUAUGGUGGUGAACAGAGAGUGUCCGAUGACAAGACUUGUAAAGAAGAUGGUGGUAAACGGACAGUGUCCGGUGACAAGACGUGUAGAGAAGAUGGUGGUAAACGGACAGUGUCCGGUGACAAGAUUCGUAUAGAAGAUGGUGGUAAACGGACAGUGUCCGGUGACAAGACUUGUAGAGAAGAUGGUGAUAAACGCACAGUGUCCGGUGACAAGAAUUGUAGAGAAGAUGGUGGUGAACAGAGAGUGUCUGGUGACAAGACUUGUAAAGAAGAUGGUGGUAAACGGACAGUGUCCAGUGACAAGACUUGUAGAGAAGAUGGUAGUAAAUGGACAGUGUCCGGUGACAAGAUUCUGAAAGAAGAUGGUGGUAAAGGGACAUUCUUCAGUGACAAAACUCGUAAAGAAGAUGGUGGUAAAGGGACAUUCUUCAGUGACAAAACUCGUAAAGAAGAUGGUGGUAAACGGACAGUGUCCAGUGACAAGACUUGUAGAGAAGAUGGUAGUAAACAGACAGUGUCCGGUGACAAGAUUCGUAUAGAAGAUGGGGGUAAACAGACGGUGUCCAGUGACAAGAUUCGUAUAGAAGAUGGUGGUAAACGGACAGUGUCCGGUGACAAAACUUGUAGAGAAGAUGGUGGUAAAUGA